AUGGGGCCGGGACUGGGGGCAGCGGGGCCGGGGCCGCGCCCGGCCGCCGCCCCGCGCCGCGGCAGGAAGGAGAAGAAGGUGGCCAACAUGAAGCCCAAGCGUCUCGACGAGCAGGAGAUCCCUUUCCGCCUGCGGGAGCUCAUGAGGAGCCGCGAAGCCAUGAGGCGCCGCAGCGUUGGGAAGAGGCGGGCGGCAGAGAAGAAGCAGCCGCCCAAGUUGAAAGGUGCUGAGGCCCAGGGAGACAUCCCUGUGCCGAAGUUCAAGAGGGGAAAGGGGGAGUCGGAGCGCUCCUACAUCUGCCGCAUGGAGCAGGAGGUGCAGCGUGUCCUGUUCCUCACUAAGAACCAGCUGCAGCGAGAGCCUGAGAAGGAGGAGGUGGCCCAGGAGAAAUCCAAGAGAAAGAAAGAGUUUCAGAAAAAGAAACUGGAUAAAGCACGGAAGAAGAAAGAGGAGAAAAAGGCGGCCUUGUUGGAGAAGAGCUUGUUCCAAGACACAGUGGAGUUUGGCGACGUUGUUACACAGCCGCCCACCAUCACCUCGAGGCCCAGGAGGGGGGGCCCCACGGAGCAGGCCGGCCGGAAGCAGCUCCUGCUGACGUCUCGCCUGGGCCAGAGCCAGGCAUCCGCGGCACCACCAAUGUCUCUUGCUCGCCAGCGCAUCGUACAGGAGGAGAGAGCGCGGGUCAUCCAGGCCUACCGGGACAUCCAGAGACGCAAACAGCAGCAGCGGGAGGCGGCGCGGGGAGGUGGCCGAGCCAGCCGGCAGGCUCCACGCUAGGCCCGGCCUGGCCCCGGCGGCCGCCCCUGCGGCGAUGCGCGCGGGAGGAGUCGAGCCUCCCUCGCCCAAGCCAGAGCCUCGCUGCUCGGGGCAGUGCCAGCCUCCCGGGGGGAGGCCCAGGCGCCCGCGAGGCGGCUGCGCGGGGUCCCAGAACUCGAGGGACGCGGCUGUCCCGACCCCGCUCUGCUGCCGCCGUCGCUGAGCCUGGGGCUCCCCAAGCCCCUGCGCCCUUCCUGGCACCUCAGCUCGGGGUGCCCCGUGGCCUCUCUGCCGGAGCUGGGGACCUCUGCGGUGCCGCGGACCUGCUCGUAGUAAAAGGGCUGGCUGGUA